AUGCCGAUGAGUUUCAGGCCAUUAGCGGUUGCACAAUUGCUGUGGAGUACAUUGGCGCACGCCAUUGUUUCGUACGGGAAUGUCUAUCCCACUAGGUACUUUGACAACAAUGCUGCCGAUCCAACAUUCGGAUCGUCGUACGAGAACAGCACCAGCAUAACGUUAUCAUCAUCCCAACCAGUCGUCACUCUUGAUUACGGGGCAGAAAUUGCCGGCUUUCCAUUCUUUGUGACAACGACGAAUGGCACCGCUGCACAGAUCGAAGUGAGAUAUUCCGAGUCCUUGGUAGGACUCUCACAUGACAAUGCAGACGGGCCCUGGACUUUCUCGAACGGACUCUCAAACUCAUUUCGGGUGGAGACUUUUGCGAUCGAUGAUUCUGGUCACGUGGAAAGUUUUUUCGUACAAGGUGGCCAAAGGUGGCAAUCCAUACGUGUGCUUGGCAAAGGAACGAUAACUCUCGACCGCGUUGGGUUUCGAGCGACGAGCGAUCAUACAGACGCCGACAAACUUCCAGGGUAUCUGGAAACCAACAAUGAAACUUAUAAUAAGGUAUUCGAUCUUGGCGGACGCGUUGUUCAGGUCGCCUGCGUUGACGCCGGCAAUGCACCCUCUACCUGGGAGCUGACAAACGCCGGUGCGCUCGUUCGUGGCCAAACAACCGCGCAGUCUGCCAAGGGCAUACUGCUAGCCCCGGCCAAUUACACACUGGAAUUCGACACAAAGAUAGUGAGAGGUGGAACGGGCUGGAGAAUUGCAAGCGCCUCCCAGCCUUUUGGGCCUUACUUUGUCCUGACGUCCAACUACCCCGAUGAGACUACGUUUACAAACACGAACAAGACCCUCUUGCCACCGAACACACUCAUAGUCAAUAGCGGGUGGAAUAUAGUAAACCAAACGAGUCUCGAAACGCCAGCGAACAAACUAUUUGCCUUGAACGUUUCGAUAGAAGAGGGCAAAUGGUACCGCAUCAGCACUGCAAUUGAAGUAGACGGAUACCGUGUUCUGCUUGACGGAGAGGAAAUUGCUCUUGUUCCCCUCUCUCAACCGGACCCCGCCGCUAGAUUCGGCUCAGGUUCUGCCUAUGCAGGAACCUGGGGUUUCGGUGGCUAUCAGGACCACAGUACCAUGUUCACGAAUGUUUCAGUUACAUCGGAUAAAGGAACUAGAAUCUAUCAAUCCGAUCUUACAUCGGCUAGCACACUGGUCGAAUACGGUGUCGCGCCACUCGAGCACUCCGUCUGCCUUGACGGCGCCAAACGAGAUCGCCUUGUAUGGAUCGGCGACUUCUAUCACACAGUUCGUGUAGUAGCACAGACUACAGCGCGAUGGGACCAUAUCCUGGGCAGUAUUGAUUUAGUGCUGGGGUUCCAAGUCCCUUCUGGAAUUUACGCUGGUUUUGUUCCCAUAAGCCCGGGAAUGGGAACUCGCCCGGAGUACACAGAGGCCUACCAGGGAUGGCAAGGCCUGGUCGAUUACCAGGAUCUCUUUUUGGCCGGAAUCGGGGAAUAUUACAGGUAUACCGGUGACACUGCCGGAUUGAAGAAACACUGGGGCAAGAUCAAGAUGCUAGCGGAAGCGAAACUCGCGUUCGUUGAUCCGAUUUCAGGCCUCGUGGCAGAUACUCCGGAGAUUAAGAACCCUUUCAACUUCCUUGGCCCUGUCAAUGGAAGUGCGGUAUCGGGUUUAUUUGCUUUCACACUGCGCCGGCUUGCGCCGCUUGCUGUUGCUUUGGGAGACGCCGAAGCUGCCAGGAAGUUCAACUCAACUGCUUCCAAGAUCAACGACGCGAUCAACGAGCAUCUCUGGAACCCUUCCUUGGGAACUUACUCCCUAGGUUUGGAUUCGCCUGGGAACUUCUCGCUUACUGGAGUUGCAUGGGCGAUCCUCUCUGGCGCGGCAAACAGUUCUCAAAUCGCUUCGUCACUCUUGAAACUUCAAGAGCUUCGAUUUGGUCCUGGCUAUCGUACGUCAUCUGCCGAAGCUGAGUCUCCUGAGUAUCAACUUGCGCCAAACCCGUCAGGUUUUCUCCUCGAAGCCUUGUUUCAGUCUUACCUCAACUACGGGAGCGACAGCGCGACUGCUGCUUCACAUCUCCUCGGAGGUCUUUGGGGUAGUAUGGUGAACAACGACUCGUACUUCUCUGGCGCCAGCUGGGAGUACGUAAAUCCAGACGGUACCCCUGGUUUAGAUCUGUUCACGAGUUUGGCUCAUCCGUGGGGCGCGGCUCCGUCUUAUGUACUUCCCGAGUAUCUGCUGGGUGUUCGACCCACCAUAUCCGGUUACAAAAGCUUCGUGGUAAACCCCGCAGUCGGCUUUCUUGGUUUGACAGAAGCAGGUGGUAGGGUGCCGACUCCGUUUGGGCCCAUUAAGGCGGGCUGGACUGCGAAUGGAACACACGCUACGAUUGAUGUCGAUGUUCCAGAAGGCACUACAGGGGCUUUUCAGGUGCCACCAGGGUGGAGGAUUGAUAGAAAGAGCAGUGCGCACGCGGUCAAGCUGGUACGUGGGCUCAACCGUAUUGUUCUGUGCUCAGCUUGA